CUCACAGUGGCUCCUGCGCCGGACCUACCUUCAACACCACCCAACCUGCUUGCACCUGCUUGCACCUGCACUUCAGAUACUGAACCUGCCCCUCACCUCUCUUUUGUCCUUUCAACCUUCGCGACGCUUAAGUCACCAUUUCUUUUCUCACAUUGUUAAAUAGAAUACGCCGCCGCCAUAUCUCCAGGUUGUGUGUCUCACUGGCCCACAACCCAUUUUUGUAUGUUCUUUAGAGCUGCAUCAUUACUGCAGUCGCAAUUACCAUUUCAUAUCCUCUCAGCGUAUUUUACAACUUCAUGAUUGACGACCAACGAUCCACAUCUCUCGACUGCUCGCAGCAACCAUAACCCAUCAUAACCAAACACAACUCCUCAACCUCCGCUUGACCCUUCGGCUAAUGAGGUACCAACAUAAUUCAUGUUGGUCAAUCAGUCAAGUAUCCAACCGACCAUAUAAACCUUUGACUUCCGAUCUCCGACCGCCGAACCACUACCUGAUAACACCAUUUACCGAACCCUACAAUCCGACCAACCCUCCACUAGGCAGUCCAUUCAUGCCGGGAUAACUCAGCAAUCGCCAUGAACAAACGGGACACUCUGACAUCUAGCAUGCCCUGCAAACGACGUAGGCUUCGCUCUCAGGGUUCCAUGGCUUCGAAUAUAGUGCCGACUUGGCCGCCCGCCAAGAUCCCAGUUGAGAUCUUUGACGAGAUCACCACAUACCUGUCCCGGUUGGAUGUUAAGAAUCUCCGCCUGGUCAAUCGCGAGUUCGAUCAGAUGAUUUCAGCAAAAUACUUCCGCAACGUCGUGGUUCCCUUCCGCUCGGAGAUAUACCAGGCUAUGAAGAAGAAGGCGUUUUUGGAGAACGAGGACAACGAGCAGGCGCAGUCGGGCAAAGAUACGCUCUUCUCAAGUGGAAUGCGAAUCUUCCAGUCUUUCGGCGAACACAUCCUACGUUUCGCCCUGUCCCUCGAACUCGACGAAGAGAAUCUCGCCUACCCACCCAUCAAACCGACACAGGAGGCCAUCACCUCGUACUGGGGCAUCUACCGGUGGCCCCACGAAUCAUAUCUACGAUACACGGAACUCGAGGGACUGGAGCAGACUGCUGACGAGACAGCCUCUAUGAUGGAAGCUCUAGGAUAUUUGGCCAAGGUGCAGGAAUUGGGACUGUGCUGCGACGCAGGAUUGGGCUAUCUCUUGGGCCCUGAUCAACAGCUGGAGAGCCCCCCGUUGCCGCAUCCCGUCUUCGGCUUGCGCAACUUGCGAUACCGGACGCUGCAGCGACGCCUCCGAAUCAACUCGGAUUCUAUGAACGCCCGCAAGCACGCCUUCGAGAGUCCUCGAGACUUCAAGUAUACCGUCCUUGAGUCAAUGGUGAGAAAAGCUGGGUACGCGCAAGACCAGGCCAAGGAUGCCAUUGCGAUGCUCUUGAGUACCGAGAACGUCUCGUUGACGAGUAUCGACUUUGAUGAGCGUACCGCCGCCGCCGCCGCCGCCCUGGCCAGCUCCGAGAGCCAAGUCAUCAACCGCGCCGUGCUUCAACACGUUGAUGCCGCUCCUGACCAGGAUCACGAUGACACCUUCACGCGAACGCUGAUGGCGGUGCUCAGGGACUCGCCCGCGGGCUAUCCGCUGCAGCCCAGAAACCUGACCAGAGGGCAGAAGGAGAUGUUGUUGGAGCUGGAGUGGGCACAUCGAGCUCUUAUCCAGUCAUACGUGAUCGCGCUCAUUGACAAUGCUCGGCUGAGCAGAUUUAACUCGCUGACGACCCUGACGAUCGCCAAGAUACCCAGCAGCCAUAUUUUUAUGUUCCAGAGGCCGGACUUUUGGCAAAGCUUACCCAACCUCACCAACGUUGCUCUGGCCGUUGUCGCCGAUUGGCGCCAGGUAGCCAAGGUGGCGCCUGGCUGCGUUGAGGACACCUUCGUCUCUCCCGUGGAGUCCGUCCUCAAGGUUCAGAGCUUACUCCAGGACCACAUCGCAACGCAAGAGAACAUCAAGUUUCUCCACUUUGAGUGGAUUUGCGGCGGUGAGUUCGCACCCGGCACGACUCAGCGCAAUCUGUACGUGCUUCCGGCUCCAUUUUGCUCGCCCGAGCAAAUGGUGCAUCCCGAGACCGCUAAGUCGCCGGACGUCUUGCUCUCAUUGCCGCACGUUAGGCAUCUGUCGCUGAAAAACUGCUAUGCGACGCCCCACGUCUUCCUCCAAGCCCUCCGAACGAUGGCAGGCCAGUCACUGCAGAAGCUCGAGUUGGAGACCGUAUCUCUCACAGGUUCGCCUACGCGGGAUCAAGCCCAUUUGAAUGCUGCAAUCCAUCAACUACAUGCCCAUGUCGGAGCGCCGAUUCAAAUCCAGAUACAGGCUCCAGGCCCAGCGCAUGCUCACGGCGUGGCUCAAGCUGCUCAACAGAUCGCUCAACAACAGCCGCCCCCGGUGCCAGCCGCCCCUCUUCAACAGCAAGUCAACUUGCCCCUAGCUUUGGGCUUUGACCAAGGGGGUGCGGCGGUACCGCCGCCACCACCGGCUCAACCUCCAAUGGGCAACAUGGGCGCUGGACCGAAUCAAGUCCCUCCGUUACCGCCGAACCAGAUUCCUAACUGGAAUAGGAUGCGGCUUAAGCAGCCAAAGCUGCUGUCUUGGGCGGGCAUCAUUGAGCGCGUUUCUCCGGCACCUUCAAUCCACGAGCUGAUGGCUAGUCAAGGCGAUGAACUGGACGAAGACGAUUGGGUCGAUGGUUUCGUGCGUCGAGACGAUGGCUUCUCUUUCAUUCCCCGUCCGCACUGCCUUGUCAGAGACAAGGCUUCCCUCGCGAUUGAGCACCUGUCGUUCAAGUCCUGCGGCUACGUACUUGUGGACAGUUCCUCCAUUGACAAUACCGGUAUCCUGGGAAGUCAUUCUCCGAGACAGGCGUCUCAGGACGUUAUAUCGAGGCGCAGAGAGUUGGCGUCUAUCAUGCAGGUGUGUACCGACAGGUUGGCAGCGAAGAUCACCAACCAUAUCACACCCCAGGAGCAAUUCAAUCUGAUCACUGCAUUCGGCAUGGAUACGGAGUGGAACAACGUGUACGAUGAGGGAGUUAUCGAAGCCGCAAAGAUGGACGGCAUCGUGCACCCUGGCCGGGGACGCUUCAGCGGAGUCAUCACCAAAACAGUGCGCCAGGGUUGAGUC